AUGCUAAGCGUGUGCAGGAUGGAGGAAUUUGUGACCGAAGAGGAAGAGCCAUGGUACGACCAGCAGGACCUGGAGCAGGACCUCCACUUGGCGGCCGAGCUGGGAAAGACUCUCCUGGAGAGGAACAAGGAGCUGGAGGACUCUUUGCAGCUGAUGUACAUCACGAAUGAAGAGCAAGUGCAGGAGAUUGAGUACCUAUCAAAGCAGCUGGAUGUUCUGCGGGACAUGAACGAGCAGCACGCCAAAGUGUACGAGCAGCUGGACGGGACGGCCCGAGAGCUUGAACACACCAACCUCACUCUUGUGACAGACAGCAAGGCCUCGCAGCAGAAGAUCGAGAGAUUAACAGGGUCCAUUGAUACUCUGCAGAACCAGGUGGAGUCCCUUUCGGGGCAGGUGGAGCAGCUACGCUCCAUGGAGCAGCUCCGUGUCAGGAGGGAGAAGAGGGAGCGACGCAAGACCAUCCACUCGUUCCCCUGCCUGAGGGAGCUCUGCACAGCACCCAGGUAUGAGGAUGAGUUUGUAGUGGGCAGGGCUGAAAGCUUUACCGUGGAGGCCAAGCGUCCACCAUUCGAAGAGGAGAACCAGCACCUGAGGGAGGCGGUGUCGGCCCUGCGUGCAGCGGUGCGCACGGAGAGGGGGCGGAGAGAGGGCGUGGAGAGGGAGUGCAACCUCCUGGUUUCGGAGUAUUCGCGGCUGCAGAUGCGAGUGCAGGACGCUGAGGGCUGCCACACGAGGGUACGAGAGCUGGAGGUGGAGCUAGAGGAGCUGCAGCAGCUACGUCGCGCUCGAACCUUCCUGCUGGGCGGCGAGGAUGACGGCGUGAAUCUCACCCAGACUGUCCUCAACAGCACGCCGGAGACUGACACCUUUCUGGAGGUGGAGGUCGCGGAGACGGGGGGAGGGGUGAGGGAGGAGACCGAAGGCGGAGGGGGCGUCGGGGGUGCAACAUUACCUGAGUCCAACCCUGUGAGGAAAAGCUGCAGCGACACAGCGCUCAACGCCAUCGUGGCCCGUGAUGCGUCCGGCCGCAGGAGAGGCAGCUAUGCCCUGCACGCCAACAGCGUGAGGAAGAGAGGGAUGUCCAUCCUCAGGGAGGUGGACGAGCAGUACCACGUCUUACUGGAGAAAUACGAGGAGCUGUUAGGGAAGUGUCGUCGCCACGAGGAGAGCCUGUGUCACGCCGAGGUUCAGACUUCCCGACCAGUCUCCCGAGACCCAUCCAUGAAAGACUGUGCUAUGGGCCCCAUCCCGGUACCACCGCCAAGCCCUACCCAGUCGCCAUCCACCCCAGAAGCCAUCGAGAGCAUCAGCAAGCAGGUGGAUGCGGUGGAUAAACGACUGGGACAAAACACGCCAGAGUACAAGGCCCUUUUCAAAGAGAUCUUCUCUCGUAUCCAGAAGACCAAGAUGGACAUCAAAGCUACCAAAGCUGUUAAAUCUAGCAAAUCUGGCAAAGCUGGCAAAUCUAGUAAACACUAGCGGUUCACCGAUUGGUUGAUAAGAGAAUGGUUAUGUGUCUGAGAAUAGGUUUAGUGUAAACAUUCUUAU